GGAGGAAGACCAGGAUUAGAGGGGGAGAGAGAGGACGCAAGCCCCUGGUUUUAUUUGCCCUAUCCAUCUGCUCUGCUUUUACGGAUGCAACCGAGUGAGCAAUCUCACGUCUGAGCUGGUGAGAUAAUGGAGCUGAGGACGGUGGUAGCCACGGUGGAAAGCGGGGAGCAGGACACGGUUCUCAAGGUGCUUCAGGUCUACAACCGAGAGAAAUCUCAGUGCUUCACCUUCAACGAUGAGGAGCGGGAAGAGAGGAAGAAAAUGGCCCAGCUGCUGAUCAAGUUCUUGGAAAGAGAGCUACAGCCAUCCUGCCAGGUUACGUGUUUGGAGAGCAUCCGCAUCCUGUCCCGGGACAAGCACUGUCUUGACCCUUUCACCACCAAGGAGGGCCUGAAGACCCUCUCCAGGCACGCCGGCAUCGAUUACUCGGAGGAGCUCAUCCGAGAGGUCCCGGACUUGGAUGUAAUCCUGGAAUCCCUCAAAUGCCUCUGCAACAUCGUGUUCAGCAGCGCCAGGGCGCAGGAGCUGACGGCCGAAGCACGGCUCGUGGUGGGCCUGGCGAAGCGCGUCAAGCUCUACAACGAGAGGAGCCUCCCGCACGAGGUCAAGUUCUUCGACCUGCGCCUGCUCUUCCUGCUCACGGCGCUGCGGGUGGACGUGCGGCAGCAGCUCGCCCAGGAGCUCCGCGGCGUCAGCCUCAUGACGGACACGCUGGAGCUCACGCUCGGCGCCAAGUGGAUGGACCCGUACGAGGUGGCCGCCGACGAGGGGCUUCUCCCGCCUUUGCCGCGGCUGGAGACGGAGCGAGCCAUGGAGAUCCUGAAGGUGCUCUUCAACAUCACCUUUGAUUCCAGCAAGAGGGAGGURGAUGAGGAAGACGCUGCUUUGUACCGGCACUUGGGUGCCCUCCUGCGCCACUGCCUCAUGAUCUCUGCUGAUGGAGAGGACCGGACGGAGGAAUUCCACAGCCAUACAGUUAACUUGUUGGGAAACCUGCCCUUGAAAUGCCUGGAUGUCCUCUUGACGCCCAAAGUCCGUCCKGGCUCGCUGGAGUACAUGGGUGUCAACAUGGAUGCGGUCAGCAUCCUGCUGGAUUUCCUAGAGCGACGGCUGGACAGGGGGCACAAGCUGAAGGAGAGUCUGACGCCGGUGCUGAACCUGCUGACCGAGAGCGCCCGAGUCCAUCGCCAGACGAGGAAGUUCCUGAAGGCCAAGGUGCUGCCGCCUCUGCGGGACGUGAGGAAUCGGCCRGAGGUGGGGAACUCGCUGCGGAACAAGCUGGUGCGCCUGAUGACACACAUCGACACCGACGUGAAGCACUGYGCCGCCGAGUUCCUCUUCGUGCUCUGCAAGGAGAGCGUGUCGCGGUUCGUGAAGUACACGGGAUACGGGAACGCCGCGGGGCUCCUGGCAGCACGAGGCCUCAUGGCUGGUGGUCGGGAAGAGGGAGAGUACUCUGAGGAUGAAGACACCGACACAGAAGAGUACAAGGAAGCAAAGCCCAACAUUAAUCCUGUGACGGGACGUGUCGAGGAGAAGCUCCCAAACCCCAUGGAGGGGAUGACUGAAGAGCAGAAGGAAUAUGAAGCCAUGAAGUUAGUCAACAUGUUCGACAAGCUGUCCAGAGAGCAAGUCAUCCAACCCAUGGGCAUCACACCAAGCGGCAACCUGGCCCCCAUGGAGAACGCCAUCCGCGACAUGGCUGAUGAGAGGUCGUCCUCCGACUCGGAGCUGGGGUUGGACUGAUCCCGAUUUCCRCCCGGAUCCCCAGAGGACUGGGGAGCCUCCAUCUGCUCUCCCUCCGGAACURGUGCUGCACCUGGAGGCUAGUUUUGGGCCAGGACUCUCCCUGUGGGAUUUGAAUCCAGCCUGGACCCUUUGCAAUCCACAACAAACACCCCCUGCCUCCCUCCCAGCUCCACAACCACCUCUUUCCAGAGGCUCUUCGUGGCCUGGCUCCA